AAUAUGAGAGACCGUCCCACCGGCAAACAUUAAACGACACAGCCUGUACACAGCUGUAUGCCAUAUCUCCAACUCCACGCUUAGGUUAGCAGACUAAAAACGUAGAGGAGUAUGUUGUUAAGUGCGAUUGCUGGUGCUUCCCUGGCAUCCCUAUGGAGUACUCUUUUACCUCUCCUGCAGUUAUCCUUACACCCUGUUCCCCCCUCUGUCUGCGCACCUUAGCUGCUUGCUUUUCUACCCUGCGCCGCCUCUGAUCAACCACCGUAGAAGAGCAUUACUGAAUUUAUCUACUGGGGUUGAUGGAUCCGUGUCCUUUUGUCAGGCUGACAGUGGGGAAUCUGGGCCUGAAAAUUCCGAUGGCGGCUAAGCCGGCGCGUUCUGCCGUGCACCCCUCGUCGUCGCCGUGUUUCUGCAAAAUCAAGCUGAAAAAUUUUCCGCUCCAGGACGCCAUUGUGCCCUACGUUCCGUCGGAAAACGCCCCGUCCCCGGACUGUAGUUCACACACCAUCGCCGCCUCCUUCGACCUCUGCAAAUCCGAUCUUGAUAGGCUAAACGGGAAGUCCUCCCUCUUUUCCACCUCUAAGAAGCCGCAACUUAAAAUCUCCGUGUACUCCGCACGCCGCGGCGCCUCGUGCGGCGUUAGUUCCGGGAGGUUGUUGGGGAAAAUCACCGUGCAGUUGGAUCUGCCGGCGGCGGAGUUGAAAGCCGUGGUUUUCCACAACGGGUGGAUUAAUGUGGGAAAAAAGAAAAAGAAUAUGGCGCAGUUUCACAUGAAUGUGAAGGCAGAGCCUGACCCUAGAUUCGUAUUCCAGUUCGAUGGAGCACCCGAAUGCAGCCCGCAGGUUUUCCAAUUGCGAGGAAAUAUUCGCCAGCCGGUUUUCACCUGCAAGUUCAAUUUUCGGGCAGCCGACCGCAAUCAACGCUCCAGGUCUUUGUCGUCAGAGCAAAUUAGCCCUGCAAGGGGUUGGUUAAGUUCGUUUGGGAGUGAAAGAGAAAGGCCCGGCAAAGAAAGAAAAGGGUGGUCCAUCACAAUCCAUGACCUCUCCGGUUCUCCAGUUGCGGUUGCCUCUAUGGUGACGCCGUUUGUUGCUGGUCCCGGUUCAGACCGGGUCACCCGUUCCAACUCUGGCUGCUGGCUCAUUCUCCGUCCUGGUGAUGGCACCUGGAAGCCCUGGGGCCGCCUUGAGGCCUGGCGUGACCGUGGUUCUGCUGAUGGACUUGGCUACAGGUUCGAACUUGUUCACAACUCUGCUGCAUCUAGUGGCAUUGUCUUAGCUGAAUCAACCCUCAGCUGCAGCAAGGGAGGGAAAUUUAUCAUAGACUUAAAUGGCAAUGGGGCGACUGCCAUGAAGCCAGGUAGUGCUGCCGCAACCCCUGUAUGCAGCCCUCGAAGCAGUGGGGAUUUCGGAUAUGCACUGUGGCCGUACUCCCUGUACAAAGGGUUUGUAAUGUCGGCAAAGGUGGAAGGCGAGGGGCACAGUGGGAAGACUGCUCCUCUGAUGGUGGAGGUGGGCGUGCAGCAAGUUAAUUGCAUGGAGGAUGCGGCUGCGUUUGUGGCAUUGUCAGCUGCGCUGGACCUGAGCAUGGACGCUUGUAGGCUUUUCUCUCAUAAACUUCGCAAGGAAUUGUGCCCGCCUCAAGAUUUACUGUUUUGACUAUUUUCAAAAUUGACCCUGUUGUACUUUUUUGCCAACUUCUUACUGAUUUUUGUGAGUGAUGAGAGAAAUGAAUUUGUAAGUGGUGAUGGAUUUUGGAUUGAGUCAUCACUGGAAUUUUUUGUGUUGUAGUUUAGAACUAAGGAUAGGACCUAGUGUAUAGAGAUUAAAAAACAUGAGAACAAAUUGUUGACAGGGAAGGAAAGGCCCGCCGUGGUUUUUAGUAUGUGUGAGCCUUGUGAAGUGUUUACCUGAAUCAGGUUCCUGUCAAGUUAUGAAAAAGCUUACGAUUACUGUAUUAUCUGAUUCAUACUAUGUUUUCUGAAUUA